AAUACAAUUGCAGAUGAAUGAGAAUGAAUAAAUAGCAGGACAAUGAGCUAGGCACGUCACGUGGAUUGGGAUCCGUUCUAAUGUCGUACUAAUGAAUAAUGAGAGAGGUUGUUUAGAUCCUGUAACCUGGCAAAGCAGAUUGUAUUGUAUUGUAUUGUAUUGUAUAUUUGUAUUUGAUUUGGAUUGCCUGGCGCUCUGGCCCUUAGUUUAGUGUUAAGCCUACCUGUCUCCUCUUGCAAUGAGUUAUGCAUUUUUAUGUAUUAUUAUUGUUUGAUAAAAGUGGUCACCCAACACUCCAUGUGCAUCAUCUUCCCUACCCCUUACCCUUUACCCUUCACCCACUACCCUUCUAUCCUUGUUGUUCUGACAGUGACUUCUUUUUUCAUAACAAAGGAAUCAAUCCAUCUGCUAUAUAUUCUUGUAUUUUUCUGUUUCUUUUUCUGAUUUUUUAGGGGAGAGAGAGAGAGAGAGAGAGAGACGUGCAGGUGCAGGUGCACUUCAAUCAUGUCAUGGUGGAGGUCUCGGUUGGUUCCUCUCCUCUGGCAUUUGCAUGUGCCCCUAACCAAAAGGCCCACUCGCCAACUUUAUUCCACUGCAUUUCAUUCCAUUCCAUGUUUCUCCUUUAAGUUAAGCUGCUUCAGCUUGAAUUAAUGUGAGAAAAUAAGCCUCCGUCCACAACCACCAAAGACACGAGAUUGAUGACCACUACCAGUCCAGCACCUUGCAGCAGCAGCACCACCACCACCACCAACCGUUCCUGGUCCAUAAGUGAGGACUCGCUUAAAAGGUAUGUGCAGUUUGCAAGCGAAAGCUGCAUUCAAGAAUUACUGUCUGCUUCCGACUCCAACAGACCCAACGACGGCUGGAAACCCCUCCUUACUCUUGGCAACGGAGUUGAGAUCUCCAAACGCAGGUCUGGAUCCUUUCACACCUUCCGCAGCCGCUGCCUCCUCACUUCUCUGUCACCCCAGCAAUUCAUUACCGUUGCAAACGCCAUCGAUGCUGCCAAGCAAUGGGAUCCUCAUCUUGUAGAAGCAAGGUACAUAAAAGAUCUUGGAGAUAACCUCAGCAUCAUCCGUCUCAGGUUUGGAGAUCAUUCAAAGCCCCUCUUUCGAAACAGAGAAUUCGUAGUCUACGAGCGACGUGAAACCAUGGAAGAUGGCACACUGGUGGUAGCAGUUGCUUCACUUCCAAAGGAGAUAGCUGCCGGAUUGGAACCAAAGCAAAAUAACGCCAUCAGGGGGCUGCUGCUGCAAUCAGGAUGGGUUGUUGAUAAGCUUCAAGGUCACUCCUGCAUGGUUACCUAUGUUGUUCAGGUUUUCUUGUCAUUGUUGAAUGAAAAUGCAGUUAGAUCCUGCCGGAUGGAUGCCGAGGUGCUUUGUCAAUCGACUUAACAACAGACUCGUUAUGAUCAUUGAAAAUCUAAAGAAACUGGCACAAGCCUCUCCUCCUACUGAUGCCCAAACAUCCUGAGAUCACUACUACCUACAUUGUACAAACUACAAAGUGGAGGAGAAACUUAAUCUCCCCUAGUUAUCCUUUAUUUUUUGGCAUACCCUAAUUAUCCUAGUUAAUAAUUAUGACGAUGCCAAUUAUCUGAUCCA